AUGGCGGCUGACAUUCCUGAAGAGGCUACCAUUGCAGCAGCGCCUGAGGCGACUAUUACUACUACUACCACCGACACUCCCGCCGCCCCUGCCAGAAAGAACACCACCGACGAUCUAUCGGCCAUUGUUGCUAUUGGAAACGAUAUUCUCGUCAACGGUAACGGCCACCCCUCCAGUGGGCCCGCUACGCCCUCAGUCGGCGCUGAAGAAAAAACCUUUUCAUUCAGCAACGGCGGCGACGACAAUGAAGACGAUUUCCACGAUGCGAUCGAGAACCUCCCUGCGACCCGCAAGCUCCACCAACGUCUCUCAACCUACUCGCCCCAGGUCCGUGAGACCCAGGAGUGGGAACAGAUCAUGCAGGACUGGGAGCGUGUCAUGGCCGAGAAGCGGAUCCAGGACGCUAAGCUCAACCUGGUCGAGCAGGAGAACAAAAGGAUGAAGUCCCAGUUGGUCGAGGCUGAGGCUGCCAAGGCCGAUUUGGAGAAAGAGAGCCAGGAACGCAUUCAGCAGCUGGAGAAGACGAACAAGGACUUGUCGCUUCAGGCCAAGGACCCUGCCAAGGAGAAGAAGGCUCUGAUGAACCAGUUGGAGGAAUCUGACGCCGAGAAGGAGCUGUUCAAGCUGAUGUUGGAGGAGACUGAGGGCGAGAAGAAGCGUGUUGAGCAGAGACUUGCCCAGAUCGAGAAGGAGAAGGAUCAUUGGUCGCAGAAGACUGAGCGCGUCAAGAACCUCAAGAACCGUCUGAGACUCAAGUCUGCCCAGUUUUCAUUGCUCUCGACUUCGACUUCGACUUUGCUCACCCAGGACUUGGAGGGCGUCCGCCCCGACAAGGAGCGCAAGCGCUUGAUGGACCAAGUUACCACUUUGGAGUCUGACCGCUCUCGUCUUGCCGCCAUGGUCAAGAACACCAUGAACUCGACCGACAGCACUUCGGAUGCCUCCUCCAAGGACGUCUCUACCUUGUCCAACUCGGAGCUCGUCAGCGAGAACCAGAGACUGGAUAACGAGCUCCAGAUGGCUCGCGUCGAGAACUCGCUCUUGCAGCGCCGCAUUGAGGCCUUUGAGGUCACCCUUCACGAUGUCCGUGUUGCGCUGACCAACUCUGAGGCCCAUGCCGAGAGCCUCGAGGUCAAGAAGUAUGACUUGCAGGACAAGCUUGCCGCUGCCGAGGGAUCCCUUGACCGGUCCAGGAUCGAGUCCAUGAAGUACCAGGCUCUUCACAAGGAGAUGCUCGAGAAGAACGACAAGCUCGAUCGCGAGAUGCAGGUCAUCAAAGCUCGUUUCGAGGCCAAGGACCGGGUCCUCAUGACCACCCAGAAGCAACUCGCCGCGGCCAAGGUCGAUGGAGGGCUCCUGAAGACGAUCCGUCGCGAGCUCGAGUCGGUUCUCUUUGACUACAACACUGUUGUCCAGCAUUUCAUGGACAUCCAGGUCCAGGCCAUGGGCGCCAAGGCGCUCGCCAACGCCCUCAAGCGCCAGAACAACGAGCUCCAGGUCGAGCUGACACACUUCCGCACCAUGUUGCUCGGCAUCAAGUCAUUCAACAACAACGACCCCAUCAAGUCGCCCACCGUCACGACGCUUCGAUCCGAGUUCCGUGUGCUGUUGGAGAAGAUUCAGGAGGAGCAGAACAACCAGGUCGACAGGGAGCGGGCAGACAAGUUCAAGGCUCAGGACUGGAACCGAAAGCUGAGGAUGGAGAAGGAUUUCAUGAAGCUCGAGCUCCAGAACCAGAUCGAGAAAUGGAGACGUGUCUCGGUCUACUGGGAGGACAAGUGGCGCAGGGCCGCCAACGACCUCCACGAGGCUGUCACCACCGGUGUCAACUCGGACUAUCUUUUUGAAGCUGCCGCACAGGGCUCCCUCGUUGCAGGAAACAACGCCCACAACAUUUCGCCUCGUGCCAGUGUCCUCCCACCAUCCAAGCGUUCAUCCUUGGCCAUUUCCACCACACCUGCCAACAUUAGUGCCGGUCAGGACGCACCCUUGACCCCCUCAGCCAUGAAGCAAAAUAUCCUCGACAACAAGAUGCGCUCAGGCUCAGCCUCCAACCUGAACUCUGCCGCCUCAGUGGCAUCCCCUGCCUCAGCAACCGCCUCUAGUUCCAUCACAGACUCACUCACAGACUUGGUCAAGCCCUUCCUGGGUCGCUCCCUCUCCCAGAACGGCAGCUCCGGCCGUGGACCCAGCAACCCGAGCUCUCGUCUUGCAGCAGCCGCCAGUCUCCGGACACCCAUCGCCGCAGGAUUACCCUCCAACGCCACAGGAACGGGCGCCAUGGGCAGCACUGCAGUCUCGAAGGCAUCGCUGCGGUCCAAGAACAUGGCUUCAUCUGCUAUUGGCUCUGCGCGCAACCAGGCGUUGCAUGCAGGGGUCCCCGGUGCAGUGGUGACGGCAGCUAGUCAGGAAGCCCAGUCGCGGGCCAACUCUAGUAUCUCUUCGGUCUCAAAAUCUGUCGACAGCGCGCUGAGCGAGUCGGAUCGUCUCAAAGCAGAUGUCCGUCGUAUGUUGAACCGCUAA